CCAAUGUUACUUAGCUUUUGUUCUUUUCUCUGAGAAACAACCUUUGGAAUUCCUUGAGUAACUGAGGUGUCUUUUUUAUUUGAUACCUCCUGACAACAUCUCAGAAUUUGUUCAAAUGAACCCAGGCUGCCCCCGCGCCAAGUACCACCUGGUAGCCAAUAUCAACUAACCUCAGGAAGGGCAGGGAGCACGAUUCAAAUUCUUCAUGCUAAGGUUAGCCUUUUUACUUCAUUUUCUUCUACAUUUCCUCUCUCUUCUCCUUACGACUUGUUGUAACUGGCCUAAGAUGAAUCUCCCUGUUUGUCUGAACAGAGAGGUCUCCCUGUGUGCACGGAGAUUAACUGAUUGAGUAAACACUGUGUGCUUUAAUUUCUUUGUGCUACUGUUACUGUUUUGUGUUGUGCAGUCUAAAAUUGUGUUUGUCAUAAAAAGGAGAAUUAUAGAGUAGAACACAGACCUAGGCUCCUUCGGCCUGUUGUUUGAGGUAGCCUCAGAGACAGGCUAGUCUGAAGUUCCUACCAGACCAACUUCCAUUUGGACAAACUUUAUUGUGGGUCACCUAUAAAACUGCAUGAGGUUCGCCUUCCAUUUUUCUUUUUGUUGUUGUUGUUCUGAGAGCUUGGCUUUGAUCCAGAGAAAGCUUGCUCUCUUGUUUUCACUUGAGAGAGGAUAUAGACUCAGUUUUCUGUUUGGAGGUGGCCAACAAUCAGGGCAUGGCCCAAGAAUCAAGAUGCGUAAGCAUCUCAUUCCUUCCCAACUUGCUAGCUCGCAUGGGGUUAUUGAAGUCUCAAUCCUCUCCUAUCCCUGAAAAGUCCUGCAUUUUACAUGUCCUCUCACUCCUAAUUCUUCCAUCUAUCUUUCUAAUAGCAUAAGUUAACAAGGAUAAUUUGUGCCUGCAGUGGUUUCCUUUGGAGAGAUUUUGAGAUUGUUAAACUGAUUUCUUUAAGCAGUGCACUAGAUAAAAGACGAUCGUUCACAUGUCCAAGAUAUUUGGUGCUUAUUUUGAUUGAUAUAGUGUGGCUUCUGAAAGAACAGUUCCAAAAUUUCCCUUAACAGAUUCUUUAAAACAUGCAGAAGACAGGGUUAAGUCACCCGACCUCAGGACAAGUAAAUUAGUGUUUCUAUUCCCAUAAAAUCAUGGUGGUAUAGUGGUUAAGAGCUAGAGCUGAUAAUCAAAAGGUCUGCAGUUUGAAUCCACCAGGCACUUCUCGGAAACCCUAUGGGCAGAUGUACUCUGCCUCACGAGGACUCUACGCAUUGGAAUCGACUCAAUGGUGAUGUGUUUGAGUUUCAGGUUAUGUUAAGUGUGUAUAUUUCAUAUUUUUUAACUCUGGGUGGUAUUACCAAAUUAGGUUAGAAUAUCCUCUCAAGGUUUUAUAUUUUGAUUUCAAGAUAAAUGAGCACUUAAAAAGGAUAUAAUCACAAUAUUCUCAGAAAUUAAUGAAAGUGAAUUUGUAAUGACAAAAAAGGUAUUUCAACUGUAAUUAUCUUCUUAGUAUAACAGCUUGAAUACAGUUUUCAAGUUUGUUUUGGUAGCUUAAAGGUUGGAUUUUGUCUAGAUUAGGCAAUGUGUGCAAGAUGGAUUCUGUUCAAACUAGAAGGCAGUUUUCUCUAAUGUAAAAAGAAUCUAGUUGUUGUAUAAUCAAAAACUAAGUAAGGGGCAAAGCUCUACCCAUAUGAAAAGUAGUAGAUAGUUUGUGGUAAAGGGAUGGUUUACAGUCAAGCUGAGUAACACAUGAUAGGAUUUUAAAAAUCUUUUCUGUCAAAGAGUAUGCAAAGGAAAAGUUUGGUUUUAUCUCUGUUAAAAUGACAAAAAUUGUCUUUAAUUACACAGUCGCUCUUAGGGGGAGCUUGUAACAGCUUAUCUUUAUAUUCUUAGAAUUCUGCCUUUAUUUUCUAGGCUAAGUUCCUGAUCUUAUGUUGAUGUUAUGUCCUUGGGUGUUGAAGAAAAUCCAAAUCCUCUCAUUCAUGAAAUGCUGAGUUUUUUUUUUACAAUCAUAUUUUCUUCUAUAUUUACUUUAACAAUAUUUCUCAUUUUAUAAAUCUAGUUCAAAUGAGAUAGGAAGAAGCCAUGAAAGAACAUGGCUCCCUUGACUGGCCGGGGAGGUAAGCAGAGCCAGGAAUCUGGGAGGAUUCAGGGUCAUAGCUCCUUUCUGAGAAGGGAACUACGCCCUCCACCCGGGCUCUCAUUGGCUGUCCCUCCAGGCUGGGGUUAUAAAGCAGUGAUUGUGGGUGUGUGAGGCACCUGUAGGCUCUAUUUUCUGUCUUCUGCUCCUCCUUUGUGUUGGGUUCUGAGAUGGAUAAGCGCCUCCUGCUGCUGAUGCUGGGCCUUUCCUUGCUGUUGGGCUUCCUACAAGCUCUACGAUGUUACAGGUGUCCUCACAUCAUACAUGAUGGGAGUUGCAAGACUAAAAGAACCACGUGUGAUGCCAGUUUUGGCAAGGAGUGUGCUCUCUUCAUGCGUUAUGAAGGUGACACGCUCCUGUAUGGAUCCCAGGACUGUCGGUACUUUGGCAGGAACAUCAGCAUACUCGAAUGUCCUUUUUAUAUAUCUGUUUCAGUUUGCACAAAGAAUUUCUGUAACAAGUUUAGGGAUUUGCAACUUAAGCGUGAUCGUUGUCCGUCCAUUUCAAUCCUUUUCCCUUCUCACGAAUAAGCACCAGAA